CGCCGCCUUCGGAGCAAGCGCCCGGUGGUUCCGGCUCCUCCUCCUCCUCCGCCUCCGCGGCCUGAGCCCCCACCCACCACCACCACCGCCACCACCACCAUGGUGCUGGAGUCGGUGGUCGCUGACCUGCUGAACCGCUUCCUGGGGGACUACGUGGAGAACUUGGAUAAAUCCCAGUUGAAGCUGGGCAUCUGGGGCGGCAAUGUGGCUUUAGAUAAUCUUCAGAUAAAAGAAAAUGCUCUGAGUGAAUUGAAUGUUCCUUUUAAAGUCAAAGCUGGACAGAUUGAUAAAUUAACUUUGAAGAUUCCUUGGAAAAACCUUUACGGAGAAGCGGUUGUUGCUACCUUAGAGGGAUUAUACCUGCUUGUUGUCCCUGGAGCAAGUAUUAAAUAUGAUGCUGAAAAAGAAGAAAAAUCUUUGCAGGACAGUAAACAGAAAGAGCUUUCCCGAAUUGAAGAAGCCCUUCAAAAAGCAGCAGAGAAAGAUAAGCCAAAAGAAGCAAAAAAGGAUACAUUUUUGGAAAAAUUGGCAACUCAAGUAAUAAAAAAUGUACAAGUAAAAAUCACAGACAUACACAUUAAAUAUGAAGAUGAUGUCACUGAUCCAAAACGACCUCUUUCAUUUGGUGUCACACUGGGAGAAUUCAGUCUUUUGACUACUAAUGAGCACUGGACUCCCUGCAUAUUAAAUGAAACAGAAAAAAUUAUAUACAAGCUUGUAAAACUUGAUAGUCUCAGUGCCUACUGGAAUGUGAACUGCUGCCUGUCUUACCAGAAAUCCAGGGAACAGAUCUUGGAACAGCUGAAAAAAGAGAUUCUUACGAGUAGAAAUACACCCCCAAACUAUCAGUACAUUUUCCAGCCGAUAUUGGCCUCUGCAAAACUCUACAUGAAUCCUUAUGCAGAAGCGGAGCUCAGAACACCCAAACUGGAUUGUAACAUAGAAGUUCAAAAUAUUGCCAUUGAACUGACCAAGCCUCAGUACUUAAGUAUGAUUGACUUUUUGGAAUCAGUGGAUUAUAUGUGUAGAAAUGCUCAUUAUAGGAAAUACAAACCUUAUUUACCACUCCAUACCAAUUGUCGACAAUGGUGGAAAUAUGCGAUUAAUUCUGUUCUUGAAGUUCAUAUAAGAAGGUGUACACAGAUGUGGUCUUGGAGUAACAUAAAAAAGCAUAGGCAGUUACUUAAGGAUUAUAAAAUGGCAUACAAAAACAAGCUAACCCAGACUAAAGUUCCAGAAGAAUUACAGAAACAAAUUCAGGACUUGGAGAAGAGUCUAGAUGUUUUUAAUAUCAUUUUAGCAAGGCAACAAGCACAUGUUGAGGUGAUUCGCUCUGGGCAAAAACUAGGGAAAAAGUCAUCUGAUACAGGAGAGAAGCGUGGAGGCUGGUUUAGUGGGUUUUGGGGGAAAAAAGAAUCUAAGAAAAAAGAUGAAGAAUCAUUGAUUCCUGAAACUAUUGAUGACUUCAUGACUUCAGAGGAAAAAGAUAAACUCUUCACUGCUAUUGGUUACAGUGAGAGCAGCUACAACUUAACUCUACCCAAGCAGUAUGUUGCCCAUAUAAUAACUCUGAAGCUAAUAAGCACCUCUGUCGUAAUCAGGGAAAACAAAAAUAUUCCAGAAAUAUUAAAGAUCCAGAUAAUUGGUCUGGGUACCCAAAUGUCUCAGCGACCAGGAGCUCAAGCCAUGAAGGUAGAAGCAAAAUUAGAACACUGGUAUAUAACAGGUCUGAGGCAACAAGAUAUUGUACCAUCCCUUGUAGCUUCAAUUGGUGACACUGCAUCAUCCUUGCUUAGAAUUGAGUUUGAAACCAAUCCAGAGAACAGUCCUGCUGACCAGACUCUAAUCGUUCAGUCUCAGCCUGUGGAGGUCAUCUAUGAUGCUAAAACCAUCAAUGCAGUGGUUGAAUUCUUCCAGUCAGAUAAGGGGUUGGAUCUGGAACAAAUAACAUCAGCUACUUUGACAAAGCUGGAAGAAAUUAAAGAAAGAACAGCUACAGGGCUCACACACAUUAUUGAAACUCGAAAAGUCCUUGAUUUAAGGAUAAACCUAAAACCUUCUUAUCUAAUAAUUCCACAGACAGGUUUUCACCAUGAAAAGUCAGCUCUUCUUAUUUUAGAUUUUGGUACAUUUGAGCUCAACAGUAAAGAUCAGGGUUUACAGAAGACUACUAAUUCAUCUCUGGAAGAAAUAAUGGAUAAAGCAUAUGAUAAGUUUGAUGUAGAAAUAAAAAGUGUGCAGCUACUUUUUGCAAGAGCAGAGGAAAACUGGAGAAAGUGCCGAUUCCAGCAUCCAUCAACUAUGCAUAUAUUGCAACCCAUGGAUAUCCAUGUUGAGUUGGCCAAGGCAAUGGUAGAAAAAGACAUUAGAAUGGCCAGAUUUAAAGUAUCAGGAGGACUUCCUUUGAUGCAUGUGAGAAUUUCUGAUCAGAAGAUGAAAGAUGUCCUGUGUUUGAUUAACAGUAUACCUUUGCCACAGAAAUCAUCUGCCCUUUCUCCAGAGAGACAGGUAUCAUCAAUUCCUGUUAUUUCAGUUGGGACAAAAGGUUUACUUGACACCUCAUUAUUACUGGAUGGCAUGGAAUCAGAGUCUGAUGAUGAGUAUUUUGAUGCUGAAGAUGGAGACUCACAGAUUGCUAAAAGUGUAAAAGGGUCAGAACUAAAGAAGGCUGCAGAGGUUCCAAAUGAGGAACUCAUUAAUCUUCUUCUCAAGUUUGAAAUUACAGAAGUGAUCUUGGAAUUUACCAAACAACAGAAAGAAGAAGAGACAAUUCUAGUCUUUAAUGUUGCUCAGUUAGGAACAGAGGCUACAGUGAGAACAUUUGACUUAACUGCAGUGUCCUAUUUAAGGAAAAUCAACUUGGAUUACCAUGAAAUUCAAGGAUCCAGAAAGAAGCCCAUUCACUUGAUUAGCUCUUCUGACACACCUGGAUUAGAUCUUUUAAAAGUAGAGUAUAUUAAGGCUGAUAAGAAUGGACCCAGUUUUCAAACUACUUUUGAAAAAACAGAACAAACAUUUAAGGUGGCCUUUUCAUCUUUAAAUCUGUUGCUACAAACACAAGCUCUUCUCUCCUCCCUUAACUACCUGACUACCAUUAUUCCAUCAGAUGGUCAGAGCAUGGGAGCUGCCAAGGAAGUACAGAGUUCAGCUGAUAAGCAAACCAACUUGCCUCUGCAGAAAGUGAUGAUAUCUGCCCAAGAUAGUGACAUUAUUGGCUUUAGAUUGUUUGCCAAGUUGAAUGCUUUCUGUGUCACUGUUUGUGAUGAGAAGAUUAAUAUUGCUGAAAUCAAGAUUCAAGGCCUCAAUUCCUCCCUUUCUCUUCAAUCAAAGAAGCAAUCACUUUUUGCCAGACUGGAAAAUAUUGUUGUCACAGAUGUUGACCCAAAGACAGUUCAUAAAAAAGCUGUGUCAAUAGUGGGAAAUGAAGUUUUCCGCUUUAACUUGGAUUUGUAUCCAGACGCCACUGCAGGGGAUUCCUACACUGACAUGUCCAAAGUGGAUGGUGUGGUGUCAUUGAAUGUUGGCUGUAUUCAGAUCGUCUAUCUUCAUAAAUUCCUUACUUCUCUUUUGAACUUCCUGAACAAUUUCCAGACAGCCAAAGAGGCUCUAAGUGCUGCCACUGCCCAGGCUGCAGAGAAGGCUGCCACCAGUGUGAGGGACCUUGCACAGAGGAGUUUCCGCGUCUCUGUGAAUAUUGACUUGAAAGCACCGGUGAUCAUCAUUCCACAGUCUUCUCUUUCUACCAAUGCCAUGGUAGUAGAUCUUGGACUAAUCCAAGUUCAAAACCAGUUCAGUCUGGUAUCUGGUGAAGACUCUUUAAAUCCUCCAGUAAUUGAUAGAAUGGACGUGCAGCUCACAAAACUUAAGCUUUCUAGGACAGUGAUGCAGGCAAGCAGUUCCCACCCUGAUAUUCAGCUCUUGCAGCCAAUUAACUUGCAGUUUUGUGUAAAUCGGAAUCUAGCGGCACCCUGGUACCACAAGGUACCCGUUGUAGAAAUUAAAGGACAUCUUGAUUCAAUGAAUGUUUGCCUAAAUCAAGAAGAUAUUAAUCUUUUAUUUAGAAUACUAGCAGAAAAUCUUGGUGAGGCUACUGAAGACUUGGAUAAAAUGAAACCAAGACUACAAGAGACAGGUGAAAUUAAAGAACCCUGUGAAGUCUCUGUGUCACAAGACAUGCAUGCUUCACAAGACUUUCCAACAGCUGCAGUAGAAGAAAGCAAAUCUGUAGACAUCAUUAAUAUAUUGCUGAAUUUUGAAGUUAAAGAGGUUGUAGUUACUCUGAUGAAAUCGGCAGAAAAGAAAGGAAGACCUAUACAUGAACUAAAUAUCCUCCAGCUUGGAAUGGAAGCUAGACUGAGAACCUAUGACAUGACUGCUAAAGCGUAUCUGAAAAAAGUUAGUAUGCAGUGCUUUGACUUCACUGACUCUAAAGGGGAGCCUGUCCACAUUGUGAACUCCUCUAAUGUGACCAAUGAACCCCUCCUGAAAAUGUUGCUCACCAAGGCAGACAGUGAUGGGCCAGAAUUUAAGACGAUUCAUGACAAUACCAAACAGAGACUUAAGGUGUCAUUUUCAUCCUUAGACUUAGUUCUUCAUUUGGAAGCUUUACUUUCUCUUAUGGAUUUUUUGUCAUCUGCUGUUCCAUCUUCUGAAUCAUCUUCUUUUGAGAAGGAGUCUGAGAUGAAACCACUCACAGGAGAGUCCAGAAGUAUUGCCAUCAAAGCUGGUACUAGUGCAUCUACCACCAUUUCUAAAGAGGAUAUAUUUGAUCUGAAGGUCACAGCUGAGUUAAGUGCAUUUAAUGUCUUUGUUUGUGACCAGAAGUGUAACAUAGCAGACAUUAAAAUACAUGGAAUGAAUACCUCUGUUUCUGUGAAGUCAAAACAGACUGAUGUGUUUGCCAGACUUCAGAAUAUCAUAGUUAAGAAUGCUGACUUGCUGUCUAUUCACAAAAAGGCUGUCUCUAUUUUGGGAGAUGAAGUCUUCAGGUUCCAUAUGACUCUCUAUCCCAAUGCCACAGAAGGCGAGGCCUAUACUGAUAUGUCUAAAGUGGAUGGCAAACUUAGCCUCAAAGUGGGUUGUAUUCAGAUUGUUUAUGUUCAUAAAUUCUUCAUGUCUCUUUUGAACUUCCUCAACAAUUUCCAAGCUGCCAAAGAAGCUUUGAGUGCAGCCACAGCCCAGGCUGCAGAAAGAGCUGCUUCCAGCAUGAAGGACUUGGCUCAGAAGAGUUCCCGCCUCCUGAUGGACAUUCAUUUGAAAGCCCCUGUGAUUAUCAUUCCUCAGUCUUCAGUGUCAGCUAAUGCUGUUAUAGCAGAUCUGGGUUUAAUCAGAGUUGAAAACAACUUUAGCUUGGUUCCUAUAGAGAAUUAUUCUCUUCCCCCAGUCAUUGACAAAAUGAAUAUCCAACUCACUCAGUUGAAGCUGUCCAGAACUAUUUUGCAGAAUGAUUUGUCACAGCCUGACGUUGAAAUUUUAAAGCCAGUCAACAUGCUUUUGUCCAUUCAACGAAAUUUAUCAGCAACAUGGUAUAUGCAAAUUCCAGGGAUGGAAAUAACAGGAAAACUAAAACCUAUGAAGGUUGCUCUCAGUGAAGAUGACUUAACAGUUUUAAUGAAAAUUUUGUUGGAAAAUCUUGGAGAGGCUUCCUCACAGCCAAGUCCUACACAGUCUGCACAGGAGGCUAUACGAGUGAGAAAAGACAUUCCCAGUGGGCCUGACUAUCUCAAAGAACAAGAUUUGACAAACUCCAAGCCCUCUGUGGACCACAACAUUACUCUUCAAUUUGACUUUCAUUUUGAAUCCCUUUCUGUUAUCCUUUAUAACAGUGAUAUCAACCAGGAGUCCACACUUACAUUUCAUAAUGACAGUUUCCGUCUUGGUGAACUCACACUACACCUGAUGGCCUCUUCAGGGAAGAUGUUCAAGGAUGGCUCACUGGAUGUUAGUCUGAAACUUAGGACAUGCACCCUUGAUGAUCUCAGAGAAGGAAUUGAGAGAGCAACAUCAAGGAUGAUUGACAAAAAGGAUGACCAAGAUAACAACCGUUCUAUGAUUGAUAUAAGUUACAAGCAAGAUAGAAAUGGAAGUCAAAUUAAUGCUGUUCUUGACAAGCUAUAUGUAUGUGCCAGUGUGGAGUUUCUGAUGACUGUGGCAGAUUUCUUCAUCAGAGCUAUGCCUCAGAGUCCAGAAAAUAUGGCAAAAGAAAUACAGAUCCCAUCAAAACAGACUGCCCCUGGGAAAGCAAAGACAGAGAAAGAUGAUUCUGUAAGGCCAAAUAUGACUUUGAAAGCCAUGAUCAUAGAUCCAGAAGUGGUAUUUGUUGCCAACCUGACAAAAGCCGAUGCUCCUGCUCUAACAGCCUCCUUCCAGUGUAACCUCUCUCUGUCAACGUCCAAACUUGAGCAGAUGAUGGAAGCUUCUGUGAGAGACCUGAAAGUGCUUGCUUGCCCUUUUCUCAGAGAAAAGAGAGGGAACAACAUCACCACAGUCUUACAGCCCUGUUCUUUAUUUAUGGAAAAAUGUUCAUGGGCCUCAGGAAAACAAAACAUAAAUAUUAUGGUUAAAGAAUUUGUAAUUAAGAUUUCACCCAUAAUUCUUAAUACUGUGAUGACAAUUAUGGCUGCUAUGUCACCAAAAGCAAAAGAAGACGAAUCAAAAGACACAUCUGAGGAAUUGGAAAAUCUUUGGGGCAUCAGAUCUAUUAAUGAUUACAAGUCUUGGUUUCUUGGUGUUGAUGUGGCAACAGAAGUAACAGAACAUUUCAGAGACAUUGAGCAUCCGAUGAUAGAGGAAAACUGCGCAGUUUCUGUGGAGUCCAUUCAAGUUACCUUAGAGUGUGGACUUGGGCAUCGAACUGUACCUUUAUUAUUGGCAGAAUCUAAGUUUUCAGGAAAUAUCAAAAAUUGGACUUCCUUGAUGAAUGCUGCUGCUGACAUGACGCUGCAGGUUAAUUAUUACAAUGAGAUCCAUGCUGUCUGGGAGCCACUGAUUGAGAGAGUGGAAGGGAAGAGACAGUGGAAUUUAAGGCUUGAUGUCAAGAAGAACCCGAUCCAAGAUAAAAGUUUGAUGCCAGGAGAUGAUUUUAUUCCUGAGCCACAAGUGGCAAUUCAAAUUUCUUCAGGAGAUACAAUGAACAUAACAAUAUCCAAAAGUUGUCUUAAUGUUUUCAACAAUUUAGCAAAAGGUUUUUCAGAGAGUGCUGCUUCUACUUUUGACUACACGUUAAAAGACAGAGCUCCUUUUACAGUAAAAAAUGCUAUAGGUAUUCCCAUUACAGUGCAGCCCAAUCGUAAUCUCAGGGUAAUGGGCUCCUCUGAGAAAAGUGAUGUUUACGCGGUGGACGUUGCUCGUGAUUUGGAGCUGGAAUAUGCUAGUGUGGAGCCUUCACAGCAGGGAAAGCUGUCCACACUGAGCCGUCAAGAAAGCUCCUUCUUCACUUUCACCUUUGUACCACAUGGAUAUACAGAAGUUGCAAAUAUCCCUGUUGCCAGACCCGGAAGGCGAUUGUAUAAUGUGCGGAAUCCCAAUGCUAGUCACUCAGACUCAGUUUUGGUACAGAUUGAUGCAGCUGAAGGGAACAAAGUGAUCACCCUCCGCUCCCCUCUGCAGAUUAAAAACCAUUUCUCUAUCGCAUUUACCAUCUAUAAAUUUGUUAAGAAUGUUAAGCUAUUAGAGCCCAUUGGAGUAGCCAGACCUGAGGAAGAGUUCCAUGUUCCAUUGGAUUCAUACAGAGGCCAAUUGUUUGUUCAGCCAUCUGGAACCUUAGCGCAUCAGUACAAACCAUCCACCACCUACAUCUCCUGGAAGGAAGAACUUCACCGGAGCACAGAGGUCCGAGGCGUGUUGCAGUGCCCUUCAGUGGAAGUCAACUUCUUGCCCCUCAUCGUGAAUACCAUUGCUCUGCCUGAUGAGUUAAGCUACAUCAGUACCCAUGGGGAGGACUGGGAUCCAGCUUACAUUAUCCAUCUUUAUCCUCCUCUAACAUUGCGAAACCUCCUCCCAUAUUCCCUAAGAUAUUUACUUGAGGGAACAGCUGAAACUCAUGAGCUAGCAGAAGGCAGUGCUGCUGAUGUUCUACAUUCAAGAAUCAGUGGAGAAAUUAUGGAAUUAGUCUUGGUGAAAUACCUGGGUAAAAACUGGAAUGGACACUUCCGCAUAUGCGAUACACUUCCGGAAUUCUUUCUUGUGUGUUUUUCCUCUGACUCUGCAGAAGUGAUGACAGUUGACCUGUCAGUGCAUGUCAGGAGAAUUGGCAGCCGAAUGGUGCUGUCUGUCUUUAGUCCCUACUGGUUAAUCAACAAAACUUCUCGUGUUCUCCAGUAUCGUUCAGAAGAUAUUCAUGUGAAACAUCCGGCUGAUUUUAGGGACAUCAUUUUAUUCUCUUUUAAGAAGAAGAACAUAUUUAGUAAAAAUAAGGUACAAUUAAAAAUUUCAACUAGUACCUGGUCCAAUAGUUUCUCAUUGGAUACAGUGGGAAGUUAUGGCUGUGUGAAGUGUCCUGCCAACAACAUGGAAUACCUGGUUGGUGUCAGCAUCAAAAUGAGCAGCUUCAAUCUCUCCAGAAUAGUCACUUUGACCCCUUUCUGUACCAUUGCAAACAAGUCCUCCUUUGAACUUGAAGUUGGGGAGAUUGCCUCUGAUGGCUCCAUACCGACCAACAAAUGGAACUAUGUUGCUUCCUCAGAGUGCCUUCCAUUUUGGCCUGAAAAUUUGUCAGGCAAACUCUGUGUGAGAGUGGUGGGCUGUGAAGGAUCUUCCAAACCAUUCUUUUAUAACCGACAGGAUAAUGGCACUUUAUUGAGCUUAGAGGACCUGAAUGGAGGUAUCUUGGUGGAUGUAAACAUUGCUGAGCACUCAACUGUCAUUACUUUUUCUGAUUACCAUGAGGGUUCUGCCCCUGCCCUGAUAAUGAACCAUACACCAUGGGCCAUCCUCACAUAUAAACAAAGUGGGUCACAGGAGGAAGUGGACUUGCCCCCAAGGAAAGCUCGGCUUUUUGCCUGGGCUGAUCCUACUGGAACCCGAAAACUUACAUGGAGAUAUGCGACACAUCUUGGGGAACAUGACCUGUUAAAGGAUGAAUGUGGCCAGUUUCCAUACGAUGCAAACAGCCAGAUACACUGGGUUUCAUUCCUUGAUGGACGCCAGAGAGUUCUGCUUUUCACAGAUGAUGUUGCCUUGGUUUCCAAAGCACUACAGGCAGAAGAAAUGGAACAGGCCAAUCAUGAAAUAACCUUGUCUCUCCACAGUCUUGGGCUCUCACUGGUUAACAAUGACAACAAGCAGGAAGUUUCCUAUAUUGGAAUCACCAGUUCUGGUGUUGUUUGGGAGAUGAAACCAAAACAGAAGUGGAAGCCUUUUAGUCAAAAGCAGAUAAUCUUACUGGAACAGUCCUAUCAGAAGUACCAAGUGUCAGAAGAUCGUGGCUGGAUUAAGUUGGAUAAUAAUUUUGAGGUCAAUUUUAAUAAAGUUCCAAUGGAAAUGCGCCUCCCUAUUAGAUGUCCUAUUAAGCGGGAUUUUUUAUCAGGAAUUCAGGUUGAAUUUAAGCAGUCUCCUCAUCAGAGAAGCUUAAGAGCAAGAUUAUACUGGCUUCAGGUUGAUAAUCAGUUACCAGGUACAAUGUUCCCUGUUGUUUUUCAUCCUGUAGCUCCUCCAAAGUCUAUUGCUUUGGAUUCAGAGCCUAAACCUUUCAUUGACGUGAGUGUGAUUACAAGAUUCAACGAAUACAGUAAAGUCUUACAGUUCAAGUAUUUUAUGGUCCUCAUUCAGGAAAUGGCCUUAAAAGUUGAUCAAGGGUUUCUGGGAGCUGUGAUCUCACUGUUUACUCCAGCAAGUGACCCGGAAGCUGAAAGAAAACGGACAAAGUUAAUUCAGCAAGAUAUUGAUACACUAAACACAGAAUUAAUGGAGACUUCAAUGACUGAUAUGUCAAUUCUUAGUUUCUUUGAACAUUUCCAUAUAUCUCCUGUUAAGUUACAUUUGAGUCUGUCUUUGGGUUCUGGAGGUGAGGAAUCAGACAAAGAAAAGCAGGAAAUGAUUGCGAUUCAUUCUGUCAACCUACUGUUGAAAAGCAUAGGUGCUACUUUGACUGACGUGGAUGACCUUAUAUUCAAACUUGCUUAUUAUGAAAUUCGAUACCAGUUUUACAAGAGGGACCAGCUCAUGUGGAGUGUUGUUAGGCAUUACAGUGAGCAGUUCUUGAAACAGAUGUAUGUCCUUGUGUUGGGCUUAGAUGUGCUUGGAAACCCAUUUGGAUUAAUCAGAGGUCUGUCUGAAGGAGUUGAAGCAUUGUUCUAUGAACCCUUUCAGGGUGCUGUUCAAGGUCCGGAAGAAUUUGCUGAAGGAUUAGUGAUUGGUGUAAGAAGUCUCUUUGGGCACACAGUAGGUGGUGCAGCAGGUGUUGUAUCUCGAAUCACUGGCUCUGUUGGGAAAGGACUGGCAGCAAUUACAAUGGACAAGGAAUACCAACAGAAAAGGAGAGAAGAGAUGGGUCGGCAGCCUAAAGACUUUGGAGACAGCCUGGCCAGAGGAGGAAAAGGUUUCCUGAGAGGAGUUGUUGGUGGGGUGACUGGAAUAAUAACCAAACCUGUGGAAGGUGCCAAAAAGGAAGGGGCUGCAGGCUUCUUUAAGGGAAUUGGAAAAGGACUUGUGGGCGCUGUGGCACGUCCAACUGGCGGAAUCAUAGACAUGGCCAGCAGUACUUUUCAAGGCAUUCAAAGGGCAGCAGAGUCAACUGAGGAAGUGUCCAGCCUCCGGCCACCUCGCCUCAUCCACGAGGAUGGCAUCAUUCGUCCUUAUGACAGGCAGGAAUCGGAGGGCUCGGACUUGUUUGAGCAAGAACUGGAAAAACAGGAGUAAAUGUUUCCUAUACUACUGCUUGAUUUCAUCCCUAAAACUCAAAACAAACUGUGGUAUUGACUGUGCGUGAAUUAGAUUGAGAGUCAGUUUUAAUGAAAUUUUCUUUAAACUCUCACUCUGACUGAGCUUUUAUAGUAGUGGCUUGGCUACAAAUGAAAAUGGUACCAUAUCCGAUAGUACUGCACAGGACUGAGAGAUAAGAGUAAAACACUCAAGGAUGCAGGAAAUCAGCUCUUCUCCAUUUUCCACUUCAUACUUUCACUGUCAGUUUGUAAAUUUCAUCUUUUCUUGUGUUUAUGCGUAUUUCAGGUAAAGCUGAAAAGCAAAGAAAUAUCCAAUCUGGUGAAUGUCUUCUUUACAUUUGUGAGUCCUAAUGAUGGACUUACAGAUUUCUGCCUCCCACUUCACACUUAAAUGUUUUCAGUUGUGUAACUAUUUACCAAGGUUUGUGUUUUAAAAACUGACAGGUCAGUUGCUCUGAAACUGCCCUUUCAGACCUCAGAUAAGAGUUGGCACAUGAGAGUUGGCCCUUCAGUCUCUUAUUUUUUCUUCUUCAGUCCCUUAGUACUAUUGCUAAAUAAGUAACAGUAAUUUUAUAAGGAUAUUACAUACUUUGUAAGCCUUGAGCAUUUAUGCUUUCCAAACAUCAAGUCUCCAUAUUGGUUAUAUUUAUUUCAUAACUAUUAGUUUUAAUAGAAGUAGAACAUGUUUAAUUAGCAAGUUAUUUAUGUGGGCAACUGAAUAUGUUUUUCUUAAAAAUUGUUUGCAAUUUUAAAUCCUUAAGGAAGAUUCAUCUUAAUGAGAAAAUAAUUACAAAUUACCAUUUUGAAAUUAGUGUCCUCAUAGUUCUCAAAAUAAGCUAUAUUUUAAUUUCCAAUUUUAUAAAUGAUGCAAAUGUUUUGUUUGAUUUGACAGUAUUUAUAAUUUCCCCUAAAACUGAGACCAAAGCACAAACUUGAUUUCUAAUAUAUUAUAUAUUGUGUUGAAGACAGUGGAACUGCUAACAUGCAUCUGUCCAGUUGGAUUAUAUACUUUUGUCGAAAUGACUGAUUGAAUGUUUCACAUUUAAACAAGCACUUUAAAGAAAAAAAGGACAUUCAAAGACCAGACUGUUGAGGCUUUAGGAAAGAGAAGACUUCGGUCCUUAGAGAAUGGAGCUCAGUGGUUGAGGGACUGCCUGGCAUGGUAAAGCGCUGGGCUCUAGCUCAGUACCACCAAAAAGAAAAAAGAAGGAAAAUGAGAAAGAGAGGAAGAGAAAAGAAGGAAGGAAAGAAAAAAAGAGAAAGACUGUACUUAAAUUACAACAAGACACGUAAAUGUUGAAAGUACCUGACAAACUUUUUGUGUGCCUGAAUAAUGGAGGGUAGCCAAAUGUGUACAGUUUUCUAUGAGAAUCAAGCACAAUAACUAAUCCAAGAUGCUGCCUUCUCAGUCACAAUUAAUAACUGCCCUUCCUAAGAUUCUUGGGUAAAAGUAAUGUUUUUAAUUUUCCUGGAUAUACUGUUUUUAAUGAGACUUAACUUUUAGGAACUUCUGGUAACUUAAGAUUUUUGUUCUUCCUGUUUACUUUUUGCUUAUUGAGCUUCUUACCUUUGCUUUGUGAUUUCUGUUUUAACAACUUUAUGUCAGUAAGCACAAAACUUCAUGAAACUAUUAUUUUAGUUAAACACAGUCAUGUGCUUUCUUAGUUUCUAUGAAGAUUACACACCUUUUAGUUUUACUGCAGUUUUAUUAUAAUUACUGGAAGAAGUAGAACAUAUAUUUCUGAGUGGAUUAGGUCGUUUUUCCCAUGGGUGAAAAUGUAGGUGUUGAUAAUUGAGGAAUUUAGACUAUUUUUCUCCCUUGCCAAUCUUGAUAUCAUCAGUUAGUUGAGUAAAAAGUAUUUAUUAUUUAGACUGCUCAAUACACAAAAGAAAACAGACUUCUGUCCUUAUGGGACCAAACUUAACAAAACUUGGAAAUAUUGAAGCGUCCUAGAACAUUAAAUUAUGUUAUCUUAGCCUUUACUUUAAAAUAGAUAUAUCCCAAUUUAUUUGGGGAUGUUUUGAUCCCUAUUUUCUCCCAAAUAGUCCUCUGUAUUCUUUAAUACUCAGUUUUGAGAAUACUAAAUCACAUACAAUAUUUUCAUAGAAUAUAUACCUUUUAGUCUUCUAGGCUAAUUACUAUUUAUAUACUA